ACUCCCUAACGUAAGUCUCAUAUAUCUUCCUCUUCAUCUUCAUUUUCAAUACCUCUCUCUAUAAACUUGUUAUUACCUUUCAUAUAACAAGAAAUUGUAUAAUACCUUGGUCAUAUAUAAAAAAGAAAAAGGAAUGGCUAAGUUCAAUACUAUCUUCUUCUUCAUCAUCGCUCUUCUUAUCUGCUCCACACUUACAUACACAUCAGCCCGGCCCACUCCAACCUCCGUUUAUCCGGAAGAAAUCUCCAUCAAGAAGCUAGAACAAGGAGAUGAAAACUGUGAAGGUGUCGGAGAAGAAGAGUGCGUCUUGAUACGAAGAACUUUAGUUGCUCAUACUGAUUACAUCUACACUCAAAACCACAGUCCUUAAAUGAUUACUUACCUUUUUAAAUAUUGUUGGAUUAAUGAUCAUCCCCCUUAUGUAUGACGUUUUAGUAUAUAUCCAUAUAUAUAUAUAUAUAUUUAGCUCAUUACUAUUGCUGCACUUUGUACUUUCUUGAUUAUGAACCAAAACUACUUCUCACA